GAAUAUAUGCAAAUUGAUCAAAAUCAUAGGUACUAAGUUUAUUAAUAAAUUAAAGUGGUAGCUGCUAUGUCAAAUAAUGAUGUUCCUUACAAAAAUGGAAAUAGAGUUAACCUAACAUGAAAAAUGGAAUGAAAGAAGAAGAAGAAGAAGAAGAAAAUGAAUGGGGAGAUGAAGUUUGAGGAGGAGCAGAGUAGAUACAUAAAACCCUCCAUAGCCACACCACCACACCUUCAAACCUUCAAACUCUCUUUACUUGACCAGCUUUUCCCAAACAUCCAUGGAAACAUCACCUUCUUUUACCCUCACACCACCCACACACUUCCGCACUUCUCCACCAAAUCCCAACUCCUUCAAACCUCACUCUCCCACACCUUGAUCCGCUUCUAUCCUCUCGCCGGAAACCUCCAUGAUGCCACCACCCUCCACUGCAACGACGCUGGUGCCCUCUUCAUCCAAUCCCAGACCAAUGUCUCUCUCUCCGACAUCCUCAAAGCUCCCAGCUUCAACACCCUCCAAUGUCUCCUCCCAUCCCCCGAUAACCAAGUCUCAACAAACGCGCCCAUGCUCCUCGUACGCUUCACUUCCUUUAGCUGCGGCGGCACCGCCGUAACCAUUUCUCUCUCCCACAAAAUCGCCGACAUGGCAGCCGUCAUCGCACUCCUCAAAACUUGGACCGCUGCCUGCGCCGGAGAAACCCCUACGAGGGACCCCGAACUCGCCGCCGGCGCCGCGCUCUUUCCUCCGAGAGAGCUUCCCGCCGUGACGGCAUCCGUAAACACCGCGUCGUCGGAGAAUUUCACGUCGAGGAGAUUCGUUUUCGAAGCGUCCAAGGUGAAAGCGCUAAAGAAGAGAAUAGGAGAAGGUUGCGCGUUUGAACCUUCGAGGGUGGAGGUGGUGCUGGCGCUCAUAUGGAAAUGCGCUCUCUCGGCUUCUCCCCCGGAAACGGCGUCGUUUAAGCAUUCGGUUUUGUUCCAAGCGGUGAACCUCCGUCCCCGGGUGGAGCCAGCGGUGGCGGACGGAGCCUUGGGGAACUUUGUAUGGCCAUUCGCGGUGACGGUGGAGGAGGAGGAGCACUUGGAGUUGCAGGUGAUGGUGAAGAGGAUGAGGGAGAGUAUGAAGGAGUUUGUGGAAAGUAAGGCAAAGAGGUUGAAAGAGGAUGGUGGUUUUGAAGUAUUUAUGCAGAGUCUGAAGGAGAGAGGUGAAAUUUUGAAGCAGAAGAGCGUUGUUUAUAAGUGUUCGAGUUGGUGCAAGUUUCCAGUGGCUGAGGUUGAUUUUGGUUGGGGCGAAGCUGUAUGGGCUUGCAGUGUGAAUAAGAUUGCUAGUAACACCAUUGCUUUGAUGGAUACAAGGGACGGUGGUGUUGAAGCUUUCGUCACCCUCGAUCACAGACACAUGCUUCUCUUUCAACAACAUCACCUUCUUCUACACUAUGCUUUGCUUAAUCCCUCUGUUAUGCUCUGAACUUCUCCAUCCAUACGUAGUAUUAUCUAUUUCUCCAUGGUUUUUGUACCAGAAUGGCAAAUUUGACUCCCAUACUACGAAAAUAGGCAAAUUUGCCAUAAAAUACGAAAAUGAAGAAGUCGUAGGGGUGAAAACGACUUCUAAAGAAGAAGUCGUGUCCCGUGCAUGACUUCACACUGACCAGUGUGAAGUCAUGCAUCUUAAAAACGACUUCUAGAAGCUGUAAUCGAUUACUGAGAGACUGUAAUCAAUUACAACGUUAUGAAGUCGUGUCCUUUGCACGACUUCAACUAUCUAGGCAAAAAUGUUCUUGGUAAUCGAUUACAUCCCUGUUAUAAUCGAUUACAUCCCUGUUAUAAUCAAUUACCAACAGGUUGAAUGUAGUAAAAGUUCCUGAUAAUCGCUUACCAGUGUGUGUAAUGGACAAAAAGUCCCUGAUAAUCGAUUACAAGUUAGUGGUAAUCAAUUACAAGCUAGUGAUAAUCGAUUACCAGAGUGUUGGAAUCUUGAAAGACAUUUUAUUUGUGUUGUAGAGUAUCAUUAGAGGUUAUAUAUAAGUUAUAUAUGUGUAAUUUAUUAAUUUUUGUAAGGACUUGGUUAGUUAUGA